AUGUUAAAAUAUUUAACAUAUUUAUCUAUCUAUCUAUCUAUCUAUCUAUCUAUCUAUCUAUCUAUCUAUUUAUCUAUCUAUCUAUCUCAGUUUUUCAUAUCUAUCUAUCUAUCUAUCUAUCUAUCUAUCUAUCUAUCUCAGUUUUUCAUAUCUAACUAUUUAUCUAUCUCAUUCUGUCCCUAUCUAUCUAUCUAUAUCUAUCUAUCUAUCUAUCUAUCUAUCUAUCAGUCAUUUCAUAUUAAUCUUAUAUUUUAUAAAUUAAUCUUUCUACCUCUGACUGUUAUCUAUCUAUCUAUCUAUCUAUCUAUCUAUCUAUCUAUCUAUCUAUCUAUCUUUAAUCAGAAUCAACCAAGCAAGGCAAUAAUGCCACAUAACAUAAAGGGAUACAGUUUUGUUUAUCUAUUAGUGUAUGAAUCAAUCUUUCUACCUCUGAUUCCUAUCUAUCUAUCUAUCUAUCUAUCUAUCUAUCUAUCUAUCUUGUAUGAAUCAAUCUUUCUUCCUCUGAUUCCUAUCUAUCUAUCUAUCUAUCUAUCUAUCUAUCUGUCUGUCUGUCUGUCUUGUAUGAAUCAAUCUUUCUACCUCCGAUUCCUAUCUAUCUAUCUAUCUAUCUAUCUAUCUAUCUAUCUAUCUAUCUUUUUGUUCAUAUCUACCUCCCUCUCAUUCAAUCUAUUCACUUCUAUAUGGUGUCAAUUUAUGUAUCUUCUUAUCGCUGUGUAUCUAAGUAUGUUCAUAACUAUGCAUCGCAGAUUGUCAGUAUCUGUCUGCCUGGCUCUGUCUGAAUCAUAUUUAUCUAUUGACAUAACAGACUUCUUUCUCCUUUCCUUACAUCUUCCUCAUUUCCUUAUCUCUUCUUUCUCUUUUCCUUACCACUUCCGGCUUUCCUUAUCUCUUCCUCCUUUCCUAACCUCUUCCACCUUUCCUUACCUCUUCCUCCUUUCCUUAUCUCUUUCUCCCUUCCUUACCUCUUCCUCCUUUCCUUACCUCUUCCUCCUUUCCUUACCACUUCCCCCUUUCCUUAUCUCUUCCUCCUUUCCUUACAUCUUCCUCCUUUCCUUAUCUCUUCCUCCUUUCCUUACCUCUUCCUCCUUUCCUUAUCUCUUCCACCUUUCCUUAUCUCUUCCUCGUUUUCUUACCUCUUCCUCCUUUCCUUAUCUCUUCUUUCUCUUUCCUUACCUCUUCCUCCUUUCCUUAUCUCUUCCUCCUUUCCUUAUCUCUUCUUUCUCCUUUCCUUACCACUUCCCCCUUUCUUUAUCUCUUCAUCCUUUCCUUACCUCUUCCCACCUUUCCUUUUCUUCCUCCUUUCCUUAUCACUUUCUCCCUUCCUUACCUCUUCCUUCUUUCCUUACCUCUUCCUCCUUUUCUUACUUCCCCUUUCCUUAUUUCUUCCUCCUUUCCUUACCUCUUCCUCCUUCCUUAUCUCUUCCUCCUUUCCGUGCCUCUUCCUCCUUUCUUAUCUCUUCCUUUCCUUAUCUCUUCCUCCUUUUCUUUACCUCUAUCUCCUCUCUUUCUUCCACCUUUCUCCACCUCUUCUCCUUUCCUUAUCCUCUUCCACCUUUCCUUAUCUCUUCCUCCUUUCCUUCCUUCCUCCUUUCCUUAUCUCUUCUUUCUCCUUUCCUUACCUCUUUCCUUUCGUAUCUCUCUUUCCUUCCUUACCUCUUAUCCUUUCCUUACCUCUUCCUCCUUUCUUACCCUUCCCCUUUUCUUAUCUCUUCCUCCUUUCUUACCUAUUCCUCCUUUUCUUAUCUCUUCCUCCUUUCCUUACCACUUCCGUCUUUCCUUAUCACUUCCUCCUUUCCUUAUCUCUUCCUACUUUCCUUAUCUCUUCCACCUUUCCUUAUCUCUUCCUCCUUUCCUAACCUCUUCCACCUUUCCUUAACUCUUCCUCCUUUCCUUAUCUCUUUUCCCUUCCUUACCUCUUCCUCCUUUCCUUACCUCUUCCUCCUUUCCUUAUCUCUUCCACAUUUCCUUAUCUCUUCCUCGUUUUCUUACCUCUUCCUCCUUUCCUUAUCUCUUCUUUCUCCUUUCCUUACCUCUUCACCUUUCCUUAUCUCUUCCUCCUUUCCUUAUAUCUUCUUUCUCCUUUCCUUACCACUUCCCCCUUUCUUUAUCUCUUCGUCCUUUCCUUACCUCUUCCACCUUUCCUUAUGUCUUCCUGCUUUCCUUAUCACUUUCUCCCUUCCUUACCACUUUCUCCUUUGCUUACCUCUUCCUCCUUUCCUUACCACUUCCCCCUUUCCUUAUUUCUUCCUCCUUUCCUUACCUCUUCCUCCUUUCCUUAUCUCGUCCUCCUUUCCGUACCUCUUCCUCUUUUCCUUAUCUCUUCCACCUUUCCUUAUCUCUUCCUCCUUUUCUUACCUCUUCCUCCUUUCCUUACCUCUUCUAUCUCCUUUCCUUACCUCUUCCACCUUUCCUUACCUGUUCCUCCUUUCCUUAUCUCUUCCACCUUUCCUUAUAUCUUCUUUCUCCUUUCCUUACCACUUCCCCCUUUCUUUAUCUCUUCGUCCUUUCCUUACCUCUUCCACCUUUCCUUAUGUCUUCCUGCUUUCCUUAUCACUUUCUCCCUUCCUUACCACUUUCUCCUUUCCUUACCUCUUCCUCCUUUCCUUACCACUUCCCCCUUUCCUUAUUUCUUCCUCCUUUCCUUACCUCUUCCUCCUUUCCUUAUCUCUUCCUCCUUUCCGUACCUCUUCCUCUUUUUCCUUAUCUCUUCACCCUUUCAUAUCUCUUCCUCCUUUUCUUACCUCUUCCUCCUUUCCUUACCUCUUCUAUCUCCUUUCCUUACCUCUUCCACCUUUCCUUACCUCUUCCUCCUUUCCUUAUCUCUUCCACCUUUCCUUAACUCUUCCUCCUUUCCUUACCACUUCCUCCUUUCCUUAUCUCUUCUUUCUCCUUUCCUUACCUCCUCCACCUUUCCUUAUCUCUUUCUCCCUUCCUUACCUCUUCCUCCUUUCCUUACCUCUUCUUCCUUUCCUUACCACUUCCGCCUUUCCUUAUCUCUUCCUCCUUUCCUUACCACUUCCAUCAUUCCUUAUCUCUUCCUCCUUUCCUUAUCUCUAUCUACUUUCCUUAUCUCUUCCACCUUUCCUUAUCUCUUCCUCCUUUCUAACCUCUUCCAAUCCUUUCCUUAACUCUUCCCUCCUUUCUUAUCUCUUUCUCCCUUCCUUACCCUACCUCCUUUCCACCUCCUUUCCUCCUUUCCUUUACCACUUCCCCCUUUCAUAUCUCUUCCUCCCUUUCCUAACAUCUUCCUCUUUCCUUUUCUUUCUCCCUUCCUUACAUCUUCCUCCUUUUUCUUAA